AUGUCUGGACAUCGAACAAUCACUGAAAAUAAUUUCAGAGACGGCACUCGAAUACACCAGGGCGAUAACUAUUAUAACUUCUCGCAUGAUGACAAGAAGAAAUGUUUACUUGACCUACGAAUAACCGAUCCAAGCCAUGACAAGGCGCGUAUUGAACAGUCCAAAGGUGGCUUGCGCGAAGAGUCGUAUUGCUGGAUUUUCGAAAACGAAGAAUUCAAACAAUGGAAGAAGUCCGAAUCUGAUUCACAGUUCCUCUGGAUCAAAGGCGAUCCGGGAAAGGGGAAGACGAUGCUUUUAGCAGGGAUCAUCGACGAGUUGGUCACCGAACCAGAAAACUUUGGUCAAGUUGCAUACUUCUUCUGCCAAGAGACAGACAGUCGAAUCAACAAUGCUACCGCCGUCCUUCGUGGGCUCAUAUAUAUGAUUACUGAGAUCGAUGUUCACCCAUCAUCUCAAGAAACGAGACGGGACGUGCAGGACUUGAUAAAUAACCUUUUCCAAACGAUGUGUUAUUUCAGAUCAGGCAUUGAAGCGGCUUCGCUGCAGAUAUACACCUCAGGCCUUACAUUCUGCCCUGAGAUCUUCCUGCAGAGCAUGUCGAAGAAACGAAGCGAUGCCCAGGACGAAGUGUACAAGUGGAACACAUCGAGUUUGAAUCUUAGAAUCUGGGAUUUGGAGAGAGGGAGACUUUCGAAAACACUCACACUCAACAUUAUCAGGAAAGGGGUUCCCAUACCAUGGUCAUUUGGAAUAGGAGAAAUCGCACUAAGUUUCACGAGCGACAGGUCUACGCUACUCUUGGCAUACUAUGGACGCGUUGAGAUGUAG